GUGCUCGGUGCGCAUGGGCUGUUGGGAACUUCCGGCAGAGAGAAAGAUGGCGGCGUACAGGAGGAAACGUGGCUUGAAAGCGGAGCUGGCUAAACCGAGCAAAAAGGCGAAAUUGGGGCCGAGUGAGGAGGAUGUGGCGGGGGAGGAGUACACAGUACCGGCCCCGGUGUCGGAGGGCAAAUGGAAAAAUAAAGAGAGGGUUUUGAUAUUUUCCUCACGAGGCAUCAACUUCCGCACACGACAUCUGAUGCAAGACUUGAGAAAAUUGAUGCCACAUUCUAAAGCGGAUACCAAAAUGGAUCGCAAAGACAAGUUGUUUGUCAUAAAUGAGGUCUGUGAAAUGAAAAACUGCAAUAAAUGUAUAUAUUUUGAAGCAAAGAAAAAACAGGACCUGUACAUGUGGGUAGCCAAUUCUCCUGGGGGACCUUCUGCAAAGUUCCUGGUUCAAAACCUUCACACGCUGGCGGAGCUGAAAAUGACUGGGAACUGCCUGAAAGGAUCUCGUCCUUUGCUCUCAUUCGAUCCUGCCUUUGAUCGGGAUCCGUACCUUACUCUGUUGAAAGAGCUCUUUACACAGAUUUUUGGAACCCCAAGAUACCACCCAAGGAGUCAGCCAUUUGUGGACCAUGUGUUCACAUUCUCUGUAGCAGACAAGAGGAUCUGGUUUAGAAAUUAUCAGAUUAUAGAAGAAGAUGCAUCUCUGGUAGAAAUUGGACCUCGAUUUGUACUGAAUCUCAUCAAGAUUUUCCAGGGAAGUUUUGGAGGACCAACCUUGUAUGAGAACCCUCACUACCAGUCUCCUAACAUGCACCGGCGGGUGAUCCGGUUAGCCACAGCUGCCAAAGUCAAGGAAAGGCAACAAGUGAAGGAGCUGCAGAAACUGAAAAUGUUGGAUAACAAGGAAACCAUUUCUAAAGACCCCACAGAGGACGUCUUCAACAUCCCAGCUGAGAAGAAGCCAGAUAUCAUUGAGACAGAACCCCCUGCACCAAAACCGCGUAUUAAACGGAAGGACAAGCAGUUCAAACGGCAGAGGAUGGCCAAGAAACGUGUCUGAACUCUGGGGUGGGCUACGCUUUCUGUACGGGGCUUGUGUGCAGACUGUCUGUUUUAUACAUUAAAAAACAAAAAGAAAAUCUGUUCCGGACCCUCCAUCUCUAGGUUUGGAUACCAGUCAGUAGAGGCUCUUGGAGCUGUUUUGGUUGAAUUGAAUAUUUGCAUUGAUUUUGACAGGUGAUGUCCAGAGCCGGUGGCUUUCCCCCUAUGCUGACAGAGAAGCCCCAAGGGCUGAGGCCAUGUAUAGUAAUGCUACGUAUCAUCUCUGUGAUAUAAUGCAGGUUUGCUUCAAACUGUUGUAUUGGUAAUAUCAUACUUCAGUAAGACGGAGACUUAAAGCGUAACUCCUCUUUAGUUGAGAGAGAAAAAAAAAACAUUCCUCUCUGGGUGAUCGAUGUACAAUACAAGGAUUUUAACAAA